AUGGUUGAAGCGAUCUCACGCAUCGACGCCUCCGGGCCGCCGGCGUUCUCUAUCAUCCCACCAUUCAUUCCUGCAGUCAUCAAACGGCGCCUGACUUCACGAUACGCAAUCGUAUACCCUCGCGCAAUGUCUACGAGUGUUGGAAACAACCUGCCGCCGUCUUCAUCGCCAGGGAACAAAGCACAAUACUCUGAACAAUCCUCGGGCUACGCCUCGGCUACGUAUGAAGAGGAAUUUCAAGAGACCAAGGACUCUUUAGGGCUGAGAACAACUGAUUACGAGGUAAAUUCUGGUCUAAGAUGGAACUGCGUAAACUCGGCGCUCAGCCGCCUCCGUCUUGCGGGGUAUGAGGCCCAGCGGCCUCAUUGCGAAAGGAGCCUGGUCCGCUCAUUGUACCUCGACGCUGUUUCUUACCUUUUAUCCGGACUACCGGAGGAUUUGACCGAUGAAGAGGCCUCGAAAAUUCGCAACAGUGUACCGGAAAAGGUGAAGCCAUUGACGAUGUCUCCACACCCGAGCGGUUUUCCACCUCCUGCGCGGUCCUACCUCCAUCGAUUGCUGGCGUCGAGCAUCAUAUAUUUCUGCCUUCUCUUGCAAUUCCUCAUGCCGUUUAUCAAGGAAGUUAUUUACCACUUUUAUCAGCAUGAACGGUCUCUCAGGCUGAUUGAGCGUGCGACUUCUCUCACUUUAUACAUCCUUGAACAGGUCAGCAGGGGAGGCGUGAACCUUGGGGCUACUGUUUUGAAUAUGUACGAUGGAAAGAUAGGCGAUACAGCCUCAAGCGCAACUUCUUGGUGGGUGGAGGGAGUUGCUGGUGGCAUCUAUGAGGGUCUUGAGGAGGGGAUGAUGAUUCUUGGAUUUACGACGCCAAACUCGAAAUUGGAGACGCCUUCUGGUGUCGAAACGAACAGUGGGAGGCCAUGA